CUCUUGGUCCCAUAAGGCAGCAUGAUCUGGUGGACCUAAUUAAAAUUCAUCCAUUCAACCACAGAGAGAUUAAAAAAUCAUUUGAUCACAAAUAGCUGAAUGAUAGAAGCCGCUGGCGCCUUAGAAAAACUAAGUGAAUAGAUCCGUUGGCCCACAAUCGCCUGCGUCCAUCCCAACACACGAUCCCAAAACCAAGAUAUAUCAUUAUUAUUUGCAUGCAGCGUAUCUGAAAGGCGAGAGACUCUUUUACACAAUCUCCAGUAUAGAAUUCAGUGCCUGUAACUCUUCUAAACACCGAAAAAUUUCUACAAACUGCACUAAUAUAACAGUCCAAAAGAACAUGUUGAGUUCAAUUAAGGCAGCCACGCCACUAAAAUCUACGCCAAAUUUUCCCUGCAAACCACACCUCCUAAAUUCACCCCAUCCUUACAAUGGCACAUUUUCGAACUUCGAUAAGUCAGCAAACCCUAGCAAAUCCGUCAAAUUAGCAGUGUCAUGCAAGGUUCUGAAGAAAAUAUUUGGCGGAAGCGAGAGCAAAGCCCCUGAUACGCCAAAAUUAGAGGAUUCUCGUUUCUCUGUAAAUGUUGCAGUCGACAAUGACGCGUCAGGCGAAACCACACUCAUAAUAAUAACUGCCGAAAACAGAACAGGUCUUCUGCAAACUGUUACCAGGGUUUUCAAAGCCAUGGGAGUGCUAAUUUCCAAGGCAAAUUUAAAUUUAGACAAUGGAUCAGUUGUUGAAAAGCUUUACGUGACAGAUUCCACGGGCAACAAGAUAGAGGACGCCGAGAGCUUGAAUAAUAUUCAGAAGGCGCUAUUGGACGCCUUGGAGGGACCCGUGGUUAAUGCGAGAGAUUAUUCCAAAGGUUUGGGGCCUCGGGUUUAUAAGAAGGGUUUCGAUUUUGAGGGCUCUGAGGAAACGAGAGGGAGGGCAGAGUUGCUGUUUAACUUGAUGGAUCGGUACCUGUCAAAUGAUGUUGUGAGCAUUCAGAGGGAUAUUUUGGAUCACGUGGAGUAUACCAUUGCAAGGAACCGGUUUGUUUUUAAUGACUUCGAAGCCUACCAGGCUACAGCUCAUAGUGUACGUGAUCGUUUAAUUGAAAGCUGGAAUGACACUCAACAUCAUUUCCGACAAGAGGAUCCAAAGCGGUUAUUUUACCUGUCUCUAGAGUUUCUCAUGGGGCGGUCAUUAUCAAACAGCAUACACAAUCUUGGCAUAAGUGACCAAUAUGCAGAAGCUUUGAAGGAACUGGGCUUUCAAUUGGAAACAUUACAGGAGAAGGAAGCAGAUGGAGCUCUUGGAAAUGGCGGGCUUGCUCGAUUGUCAGCAUGUCUAAUGGACUCACUCUCAACAUUAGAUUUUCCAGCCUGGGGAUAUGGGUUACGUUAUCAAUAUGGACUGUUCAGACAAAUUAUACUUGAUGGGUUUCAACAUGAACAACCAGAUUAUUGGCUGAAUUUUGGUAAUCCUUGGGAGAUUGAGCGUGUUCAUAUCAGAUAUCCAGUAAAGUUUUAUGGAAAAGUGGAGGAGGAAGUUCACAAGGGCAGAAGAAGAAGAAAAUGGAUUCCUGGAGAGAUGGUAGAAGCAGUUGCAUAUGACAACCCCAUUCCAGGAUAUGAUACGGGAAACACCAUCAAUCUUCGACUUUGGGCUGCAAAGCCCAGUAGUGAAUGUGAUCUGCAAGAAUCAUUUAGCACUGGAGAUUAUAUCAGUGCUAUAAUUAACAAGCAGCGGGCUGAGACUAUUAGUAGUGUUUUGUACCCAGAUGAUCGUUCCUAUCAGGGGAAGGAACUUCGUCUGAAGCAACAAUACUUCUUUGUGUCAGCUUCAUUACAAGACAUUAUGAGGAGGUUCAAGGACUUUCAUAAGAACAUUGAUCAAUUUCCUGACAAGGUAGCUUUGCAGCUGAAUGAUACACAUCCUUCAAUUGCGAUACCCGAAUUAAUGCGAAUGUUGGUUGACGAGGAGAAUGUGGAAUGGAAUAGAGCUUGGGAAAUUGUUAAGAAGGUUUUUUCUUUUACAAAUCACACAGUUCAGUCAGAAUCUUUGGAGAAGGUCCCUGUAGAGCUCUUGGAAAGCCUUCUACCUCGACAUUUACAAAUUAUAUAUGAUAUAAAUUUUUUCUUCCUGGAGGAUCUGAAGAAACAUAGUACUUCUGACUUUGCUCGCCUUGCUCGAAUGUCAAUCAUUGAAGAGGGUGCUGUGAAGAGUGUUCGUAUGGCAAACUUAGCUAUUGUGGCCUCCCAUAGCAUGAAUGGAGUGUCUCAAUCUCACUCAGAAACACUUAAAACAUCUCUUUUCAAGGACUUCUAUGAUAUUUGGCCUCACAAAUUCGUGUCUAUAACAAAUGGUGUCACUCAGCGACGAUGGUUGGCUAUAAGCAAUCCUGGUUUGCGAGAUAUUAUCACAAAAUGGCUUGGUACAGAAGCGUGGCUCAAAGACCUGGAUCUUUUGAUGGGGUUGCGUGAACAUGCCACCAAUCCACAAUUGCAAAGUGAAUGGAGAAAGACUCAUCGAUUAAACAAGAGCAGAUUAGCUGAGUAUAUUGAAGAAAUAAGUGGUUUGAAGGUGAGCAUUGAUGCAAUGUUUGAUGUUCAAGUCAAGCGCAUCCAUGAGUACAAGAGACAGUUUCUCAAUGUAUUGAGCAUUAUUCAUCGGUAUGAGUGUAUAAAGCAUAUGACUGGUGAGGAGAAAAGGAAAGUUGUGCCCCGUGUAUGUUUAAUUGGAGGAAAGGCAGCUCCAGGCUAUGAGAUUGCAAAAAAGAUAAUUAAACUUAUACAUGUGAUUGGUGAAAAGAUCAACAAUGAUCCAGACAUUGGUAACCUUUUAAAACUGGUAUUUGUUCCAGAUUACAAUGUUUCUGUAGCUGAACUGAUAAUACCUGCAAGUGAUUUAUCACAGCACAUCAGCACGGCAGGACAUGAAGCAUCAGGAACCAGCUGUAUGAAAUUCUUGAUGAAUGGUUGUCUUAUUCUUGGGACCCUGGAUGGAUCUACAAUUGAAAUAGCAGAAGAAAUAGGAGAAGAGAAUUUGUUCACGUUUGGUGCUAAGGUACAUGAAGUUCCUAUCCUCAGAUCUCAGAGGAAUGAUUUUAUACCACCUCGUGAAUUUACACGGGUGAUCAGGAUGAUCCGAGAUGGCUAUUUUGGCCACAAAGAAUAUUUCCAGUCAUUGUGUGACACAGUGGAUGGAGAUGGAGAUUUCUAUUUGCUGGGAAACGACUUUGCAAGUUAUUUAGAAGCACAGGCAGCAGCAGAUAGGACUUUUGUGGACCAGGAAAAGUGGACACGCAUGAGUAUUCUCAGUACUGCUGGUUCAGGGAAAUUCAGCACUGACAGAACAAUCAGGGAAUAUGCUCAAGAGAUUUGGGGUAUUCAGCCUUGCAAGCGGCCAUGCUAAUCAAAACUAAAAAUACGUCUUUCCUGUCUUCAAAGGUCAAGUUAUAUGCUAUUGCAAAUACAUGAGAAUUUUAAACUUCUUGACCUGGCUAAGCCAUAUGAUUUACUUUUUACCAGUUCUCCAAAUCUAUGUACAAAAUUUGGUUUAGACUUUGGAUCAUUGCCUCCUAUUAUAUGGCUACACAGAGAAGGUUAUUUUUUAAUGGCAUUCGUUUAGUUUUGGCUUCA